AUGGUGCUAACAGUGGUUCCUCCUGGCAAUGACAAUGAGAUGGAGAAUGUGACCAAUGUGGAGGACUGGAGAACCGUGAAAGUGGCUGUUGUGAUUAUGGAUUCUUCUAAUGCAUCCAAUUCUAACAAAUCAAACACUACAUGUGGGUCAAUACUCCCUCAAUCUUCUAGUCUGACUCAAACAAGAGAUCCAGCAUGGAAAUGUGCUACAUGGAAAGAUCCUGCAUUUCCGAAGAAACUAAGUUGUACGCUUUAUAACAAAGAAAUGCGUGGUGGUGGAAUUACUAGGCUUAAGAAGCAUAUCAUACAAGUCAAAGGGAAUGUUUCAUCAUGUAUGAAAGCAACAGUUGAAACUAUAAAUGAAAUUAGACAAAAUGACAGUAUAAAGAAGUUAAAGAAAGCUCACAGGGAUAACGUUGAUGCUAUUAAUCGUCGCACACAAUCUGAUGAGAAGUCUGAUGCUGAUACUGAUGAUGAGGAGGACCAUGAGGUACAAGAAGUUGAAAAGGAUUUUAAUGUGGGCAGUAGUAGUCAAGUAGUUGUUCAGAGUCAGAGUAAAAGAAAAUUCAAGAGACAAAGUAGUUCUAGGGGUCCAAUGGAUUUACUCAUGCAGACAGACCACCAGAAAACUCAGCAAGCCACUCUUGACAGAAACAGUUCAGCGAAAGAGAAGUUAAAGAAAGAUGCAUGGAAUAGCAUUUCAGCUUGGAUGACUGAGAACUCUAUAUCUUUUAAUACCGUUCGAUGUCCAAGUUUCCAACAAAUGAUCUAUGCAAUUGGUGAAUAUGGUAAAGCUAUGCCCGCGUCAUCUUACCAUCAGAUUCGCACAAAUCUUUUCAAGGACCAGUUAGCAGAAACAAAGAAGUUUGUUGAUACAUUUAGGAUACAUUGGAAGAGGUAUGGAUGUUCUAUUAUGUCCGAUGGUUGGACAGAUGGGAAAAAGCGACAUCUUAUUAACUUUUUGGUGAAUUAUCUGAAAGGGUCAGUUUUCUUGAAGUCUGUAGAUGCGUCAAACAGAACCAAUGAUGCUGAUUUCAUAGGUGAGCUUGUAAAGGAGGUAAUUGAAGAUGUCGGUAAAGAAAAUGUGGUUCAAUUCAUUACUGACAAUGGUUCAAAUUUUAAAAAGGCUGGGAAAGAUUUAAUGCUUGAAUACCCGAAUCUAUUUUGGACUCCUUGUGGUGCUCAUUGUGUCCAGUUGAUGCUAGAAGAACUUGGUGACAAGCUUAUGCGAAUCAAGACAGCCGUCAUUCUAGGUAAAAGACUUGUUACUUACAUUUAUGCUCAUUUUCAAGUAUUGUGCUUGAUGAGGGAGUUGACACGUGCAGACUUACAUAGGUCUACAAAGACUAGAUUUGCAACUCAGUAUUACACACUAAAAAGUCUUCAAAAGUAUAAAACUCCUUUACAAAUGGUGUUUGUGAAUGAUAGGUGGGCAAAAACUAGAUUUUCAAAAGAAACUCUUGGAAUUAAUGCACUUAAAAUUGUUACAAGUGGCACAUUUUGGGAAGAUGUUGAUUAUGCUUGUAGUGUGCUGAAGCCUUUAGUUAAGGUUGUAAGGUUGGUGGACAUCGAGCGCAAACCUACAAUGCCUUCUUUUUAUGAUGCAAUGAGGAUAGAAAGGAAUCAACUAGAGGAGAAAUUCAGUGAAGAUGAUGAUACGUGGGGUGUAAUUAAGGCUUGCUUUGAGAAAAGAUGGAAGAAUAACUUUAAUCAUGCUCUACAUUGUGCUGCAUACUAUUUGAAUCCUUCCAUAUUCUACACUAUUGAAGCUUAUGAAAUGGAUAGUGAUCCAAAUGUGCUGAAGCCUUUAGUUAAGGUUGUAAGGUUGGUGGACAUCGAGCGCAAACCUACAAUGCCUUCUUUUUAUGAUGCAAUGAGGAUAGAAAGGAAUCAACUAGAGGAGAAAUUCAGUGAAGAUGAUGAUACGUGGGGUGUAAUUAAGGCUUGCUUUGAGAAAAGAUGGAAGAAUAACUUUAAUCAUGCUCUACAUUGUGCUGCAUACUAUUUGAAUCCUUCCAUAUUCUACACUAUUGAAGCUUAUGAAAUGGAUAGUGAUCCAUAG